CGCACGGACACAAGUUGGCGGGAAGCUCACACACACACACACACACUCUUACUUACAGAUACCUUACUACAGUCACACACCUUCACACGUUCACACACACACUCUGAGCAGCAUGUCUGUCAGGCUGAACUGUAUAGUGGCGGUUUGCCCUGAUAUGGGGAUCGGGAUGAGCGGAAAUCUGCCCUGGCACCCGAUCAGACUCAGCAAGGAAUUUAAACACUUUCAGAAGAUGACCAUGACUCCAACUGUAGAAGGUAAAAAGAACGUGGUCAUAAUGGGCAGAAAGACCUGGUACUCGAUACCUCCACAGAACCGGCCCCUCAAGAACAGAAUCAACGUUGUUCUCAGCAGAGAGCUCAAGGAGCCUCCAGAGGGAGCACACUAUCUAGCAUCAGACUUCAGCUCAGCACUCGGCCUGCUGACCACUCCAGAAUUAUCAUCUGAAGCUGACCAGAUCUGGGUCAUCGGUGGAAGCUCAUUAUACAAGGAGGCAAUGGAGAGCUCUGGACCCAAGCGCCUGUUUGUGACGCGGAUUCUGAAGCAGUUUGAUUGCGACACGUUCAUUCCCAAGAUCAACCUCGACAAGUACAAACAACUGACUGAAUUCCCAGGAGUCCCCUCUGGGUUACAGGAGGAAAAUGGUCUGCAGUAUGUGUUUGAGGUGUAUGAGAGCAACGACCACUGUUGACAGUACUGCAAGAUGUUUUUUCAGAUGUCUCUUUCAGCAAUGGAGGUUUACAGUUCUCUUUUGUAGGCUGACGAAAAAUGGUUGAAGCUCAGGACACAAGUAGAUUAGAUUUGUUCAUCUGAAAAAUAAUAAAAACCCAUUUUUUUCUUUUUUUAA